CUCGCAGGUUUGGGAGGCAAAAAAGGGGGGCAGCCUCUCGCGCUGCUGUGCCUCCCCUCAGCGCAGCACAGACGUGCCAUUCAUCCCUUCAUCCUCCGGGCUCUGCGCUCGCGCUCCAGCCUCGCUCCAACUUCAGCCAGUUGUGCGCAAACAUGCGGAGAAUGUGCAGCGUGCUGCUGUGCGCGUGCGCCGUGCUGCUGCUCGCUGGCGAUGCACGGGCGAGACCGAAUUUUGCAUGUGGAGGAAAUGUGACCGGGGAUUCGGGAGUUAUCGGCAGCCAAGGCUAUCCUGGAGUCUACCCACCCAACACCAAAUGUGUGUGGAGAAUUACAGUCCCGGAGGGUAAGGUGGUGGUCCUCUCCUUCCGUUUCCUCGAUCUGGAAAGUGAUAAUCUCUGCCGGUACGAUUAUGUGGAUGUUUACAGUGGGCAUGUCAGCGGGCAGCGCCUGGGCCGUUUCUGUGGUACGUUUAGGCCGGGCGCCCUCGUCUCCGCAGGCAACAAGAUGCUCGUUCAGAUGGUGUCUGAUGCCAACACAGCCGGAAGCGGCUUCCUGGCAGUCUUCUCCGCCGCCAACCCUCACGAGCGAGGGGAUCAGUACUGCGGAGGAAGACUGGUGAAGCCGUCUGGAUCUUUCAAAACUCCCAACUGGCCAGAGAAAGACUAUCCAGCAGGAGUCACGUGCUCCUGGCACAUCAUCGCACCCAAGAACCAGAUUAUAGAGGUGAAAUUUGAGAAGUUUGAUGUCGAACGAGAUAACUACUGUCGCUACGACUACGUAGCUAUUUUUAACGGAGGGGAAAUCAACGAUGCCAAGAGAAUCGGGAAAUACUGCGGAGACUCUCCUCCAGCGCCAGUGUUCUCUGAAGGAAAUCAGCUCUUCAUUCAGUUCCUCUCAGAUUUGAGUCUGACAGCAGACGGCUUUAUCGGGCACUACAAAUUCAGACCCAAGAAGUUCCCAACCACCACCAUCCCCCCAACCACCACCACACAGCCCACCACCACCAGACCCAUCCCUUUUAAGUAUUCUGCAGCGCUGUGUCAACAAAAAUGCAAGAGGAAAGGAACCCCUGAGAGCCAUUACUGUUCCAGCAACUUUGUCAUCACAGGAACGGUGAUCACUGCUGCGAUGCGCGGGGGAAGCAUGUACGCCACUGUCUCCAUUAUCAACGUCUAUAAAGAGGGCAGUCUGGCCAUCCAACAGGCCGGCAAAACCAUGAGCACCAAGAUCGUCAUCCUGUGCAAGAAAUGCCCUUCAGUCAGAAGAGGCUUGAACUACAUCUUCAUGGGCCAGACGGACGAGGAGGGCCGCGGGAUGAUCGCCCCCCACCACUUCGUCACGGCCUUCAAAGCCAAGAACCAGAGAGCGUUCAACGCCCUGAAGACCAAGAGGUGCUGAGCUCCGAUUCCAUCCGUUCCCAUCCUGAAACUCAAGCUUUACACCUCGCUUCAUGCAGCUGUGAUCAAGAACCUCCACCACCUCCUGCGAGUGGCGUCCACCAUACGGUUUAAAUCUGGACCUGUCCGCGUCUGAUGAAGUGUGGAGGGGUAACGGGGAUGGUGUGGAGAGAGAUGGAUGCUGGGAAUGAAAGACGUGUCUGUGCUGGGAAUGUUAGAAUAUCAGUUUAAGGGGGGUGAGGAUUGAGUCACUUUAGACCACCAGCAGGGUCCACAAUAAUAAUAAACGUUUGGAGACAACCGAAGGCCAGACUGUUCAGACUGUUCACAAGCACCCAGUGUUCUCACUGCUAAAAUACGGCAAUGUCUUGGCAAGCGGAGUCAGUCUUUAAAUGGUAAAUUAACUCUACAACAAACUUAUUCCAACAUACUUUAAUCAUUUCACACAGUCUUUCUGUUGCAGGCCUUUUCUACAACCAGCUUUUGGGUAAUUCUUUUGUAGUCACCUUUAUGAAAUGUCUAUAAGACUAAGAAUAUAAGAAUAAGAAUAAUUAUUAUUAUGCAUAGAAAAGUGAAAUAUUCUGCAUUUUUUUCUUUAAUUUAGCAAAACUGUAUGAUAGUACAUAUUAGUCUACAUAUUAUACGUACAAUUUAAUAAUAUACAUACAAUCAUGUCAAUUUAAAGGAGAAGUCUGGUGUGAAAUGUACUCUGGUGUGAAAGCCACCCCAGCAUUCUGAAAUACAGCACUUUUUUUUUUUUUAUUAUUUUAUUUCAAAUUUUUCCCAUUUUCUCCCCAGUUUACACGGCCAAUUAUCCAACCCCCUCAUUAGGACUCCCCCUAUCACUAGUGAUGCCCCAACACACCAGGAGGGUGAAGACUAGCACAUGCCUCCUCCGAUACAUGUGAAGUCAGCCAGCGAUUCUUUUCGAGCUGCUGCUGAUGCAGCAUUACCAAGCAGCAACACAGCACGUUCGGAGGAAAGCGCAGCGGUUCGGCUCCGAUACAUCAGCUCACAGACGCCCUGUGCUGCAGACAUCACCCUAGGAGUGAUGUGGGGAGAGAGCUCCAUCUACCCACCCAGAGGGAGCAGGGCCAAUUUUGCUCCCUCUGAGCGCCGGCAGCUUGAUGGCAAAGGACCACCCGGCGCCCGAAAUACAGCACUUUUAGCCGCCAAUGCUCCCAACAGGCUUACAAUGCCAGAGAUAGGGGCAUAAAUUUAACCAUGCAAAUAAAUCAUUUUAUCAUUUUUACACCAUUAACAAACUCAAAGUAGCUCCACACUUCUUUGGUAGAAUUCUAAGGACCCUGCUAUUUAAAACAAUGCACUGAGAGCUUUGAAAGUGAACAGGUAGUUUACAAAAAACAAAAAACUGUUCACA